AUGCCCGUCUCGAAACAGAUUCUGGAACAAAUCAAGGCCAUCAUCCCGCCGUUGAACGGGACCCUGCACAAGGGCCAGUCAGGAAGAGUCGGCGUACUUGGUGGCGCCAAAGACUACUCGGGCGCACCUUACUUUGCUUCGAUCUCGGCUCAACGAGUGGGCGUAGAUCUCUCGCAUGUAAUCUGCUCGCCUACCGCCGCAGGAUCAAUCAAGUCGUACUCGCCCGACCUGAUCGUACAUCCCAUACUUGAAGAGGGCGCCUCGAAGUCUGAAGUUCGCGAGGAGCUCAAAGGCCUUCUGGCGCGACUACACGUCCUCAUCAUCGGUCCUGGUCUCGGCCGCGAGCCGUACAUGCAAGACUAUGCCCGUGACGCUCUGAAAAUCGCAAAAGAGAACGGAAUGUUCCUCGUACUAGAUGCCGACGGACUAUACAUGGCCGGACAGGAUCUCAGCCUCAUCAAGGGCUACCGCCGGGCAGUGCUUACACCGAAUGUGAUGGAGUUCAAGCGACUGAGCGAACAGGCGGGUAUCGAUCCUUCGACGAAGCCAGAGGACCUUGCACAGGCCGUUUCGCGGGCGCUGGGCGGUGUGACAGUGUUGCAAAAGGGAGGAAAGGACGUGAUCGCGGUCGACACUUCGGCGGCCGGAGACAGCUCGGCACACGACGCGUCAAAGGUCUCUACGGAUGAGCCUGAGCAGACAGAAGUUAUCGUUGUCGACACACCCGGCGGACUCAAGCGUUGUGGUGGGCAAGGCGAUAUCUUGAGUGGCUCCGUCGGCGCGUUUCUGGCGUGGGGCAAGUGCUUCGAGACUGGCGCUUUCGGCGACGGCAGCAUUCCGCCCAGUCGUGUGCCGAUACUUGCUGCUACGGCUGCUAGCAUCUUGACGCGCACUACGAGCGGCAUCGCGUUCGAGCGAGAGGGCCGCAGUGUUGUCACCCAGAACAUGCUGCAGGACAUCGGCAGGGCAUUCCGAAUUUCAUUCGGAGAAGAGACGCAGGGCGGGAAGCUGUGA